AUGGCAGCGGUAGCGGCGUCGGCUUGGCUCCGGCCGCGGGGUUCCGGUUAGGCCCAGCCGCCUCUGCCUCCCCGUGAAUGAACACCUAGGCGUCCCGCCGCUCCUGCCGGGGAAUGAGCGGCGCCUCGGCCCCCAGCCGCCGCCGCCGCCGCCGCCCGCGAAGAUCAUGCCCCUGGCCGCCUACUGCUUCCUGCGGGCCGUGGGCAAGGGCAGUUAUGGGGAGGUGACGCUCGUCCGGCACCGGCAGGACGGCAAGCAGUAUGUCAUCAAAAAACUAAAUCUCCGAAAUGCCUCCAGCCGAGAGCGGAAAGCUGCUGAGCAAGAGGCUCAGCUAUUGUCUCAGCUAAAGCACCCCAACAUCGUUACUUAUCGAGAAUCCUGGGAAGGAGAAGAUGGCCUGCUUUACAUAGUUAUGGGUUUCUGUGAAGGAGGGGAUCUCUAUCGAAAACUGAAAGAACAGAAGGGCAAACUUCUACCUGAGAACCAGGUGGUGGAGUGGUUCGUUCAGAUUGCUAUGGCCUUGCAGUAUUUACAUGAAAAGCAUAUCCUUCACCGAGACCUGAAAACUCAGAAUGUCUUCUUAACGAGAACCAACAUCAUCAAAGUAGGCGAUCUGGGAAUUGCCCGAGUAUUAGAAAAUCAAUAUGACAUGGCCAGUACACUCAUUGGGACACCUUACUACAUGAGUCCUGAAUUAUUCUCAAACAAACCCUACAACUAUAAGUCUGAUGUCUGGGCUUUGGGAUGCUGUGUAUAUGAAAUGGCUACACUGAAACAUGCUUUCAAUGCAAAAGACAUGAAUUCUUUAGUUUAUCGAAUUAUCGAAGGAAAGCCGCCUCCAGUGCCAAAGGAAUAUAGCCCACAACUGGCAGAAUUGAUAAGAACCAUGUUAAAUAAGAAGCCUGAGGAAAGACCCUCUGUGAGAAGCAUACUCAGGCAACCCUACAUAAAACGCCACAUUGCUUUGUUUUUGGAGGUCACAAAAGCAAGAACUUCUAAAAGUCAUAUUAAAAACUGUAACCCUAAAGCCAGACCUGUUGCCGAAGUUAUUUCAGUGAAGACUGAAUCAAACAAUGAAAAGAUCAUUGCUCAGCAAUAUUUCUCAAAGGAUUCCAAGACACCUACAGUGGUUGAAGAAAAAUGUUUCUCCCAAAAUAAACCCAAGGAGGCUUGUGUCUCAGAAAUAGCUUGUCUUAAAAGCCACUCCAACAAGAAUGAUGUGCACAGCCCUGGAGACUCUUUAGCAACAAUCAGCAAGGUGGAUAUUAACAUCUUGCCCGCCACGGAAAGGAAAAACUCAAAGAGUGACAACUUACUACAAGACGACAAAUUGAAAUACUUGGGUAUUUCUAAUGAACCAGAAGCUAAAUUUAAUGUUUCACUAGUGAAGGAAGAGAGGCAACAACUUAGUCCUAAGCCUGAAAAUCUAGUUCCCUCACAGACUUCUAUUGAGAACACUGACGAAGAGAAAGACACCAUGAAACUUGUUCAGCCCAUACACAAGGACCUAAAGCCAGUGGAUCAGGAUAGUUUGGACUCCACCGAAAAACUCUUAGCUUCAUUUGUUCCUGUUGUCCUGGAUAGAAUCAACCCAUGCUUACAGCCCCAUAGUUCUGUGUCUGAGCCCCUCCGUUCACGGCAACGAAGGCAGAAAAAAAGGGAGCGAGUUGAACGAAGUAGAGAGAAUGGACAGGAAGUUCCUCCUAGACCUUUGCCUUCUCCUCCCAUUGCAAGUAAAGUAGUUAAGAAAACAACACAUAGUGAUACUACUAAACAUAGCACAGAAGUAAUGGUGUCAGUAGACAGUUCAAGAAGCAGCGAGAUAACAUCCUCAAAGGAUCGACCACUGUCUGCCAGAGAAAGGAGGAGACUAAAACGGUCACAGGAAGAGUUAUUUCCCAUUGCCAACUGGCUUUUGACAGUUUUUUCAGGUCCUUCAGUGAGAAGAGCAUCUCCGGAUUCAGGAGAAGGAAUGAAUUUGCACAUAGAAAAUGAGCACUUGAGUGCUCAUCAGUUAUCUUCAAACAUAGAUACCUCUCAGGAAAAGAAAUUAGUUCGUUGUCUAUCUGAGGAUGAGUUAAGUUCUUCUGCAAGUUCUACUGAUAAGUCAGAUGGAGAUUCCAAAGAAGGGAAAGGCCAUACAAAUGAAAUGAAUGAUUUGGUACAACUGAUGACUCGGACACUAAAAAUGGACUCUAAAGAGAAUUGUGAGAAUCUUCCAGUCCUUCUUCCUGUGUCAGAGUUUAGACUGCAUCGAAAAUAUAGAGACACACUAAUGCUGCAUGGAAAAGUUGAAGAGGAUUCAGAGGAACUUAGGUUUCAAGAACUUUCUCCAGCUGUUGUUUCAGGUUCUGAAAAGAUCAGAAGAAUGGUUGAAGUCUUGAGAGCUGAUGUAAUUCAGGAGUUGGGAGUGAAACUUUUAGAGAAGGUAUAUGAUCUCAUGGAAGAAGAUGAUGAAUUGAAGAGAGAGGUGCAUUUACAAGAGCAUUUGGGUGAAAAAUAUGUAAAUUACAGCACAAAAGCACGACUCCUGAAAUUUUUUGAAGAAAAUGUGAAUUUUUGA